CUCUCUCUCUCUCUCUCUCUCUCUCUCUCUCUCUCUCUCUCACACUCUCUCUCUCUCUCUCUCUCUCUCUCUCUCUCUCUCUCUCUCUCUCUCUCUCUCUCUCUCUCUCUCUCUCUCUCUCUCUCUCUCUCUCUCUCUCUCUCUCUCUCUCUGUCUCUCUCUCUCUCUCUCUCUCUCUCUCUCUCUCUCUCUCUCUCUCUCUCUCUCUCUCCCUCUCUCUCUCUCUCUCUCUCUCUCUCUCUCUCUCUCUCUCUCUCUCUCUCUCUCUCUCUCUCUCUCUCUCUCUCUCUCUCUCUCUCUCUCUCUCUCUCUCUCUCUCUCUCUCUCUCUCUCUCUCUCUCUCUCUCUCUCUCUCUCUCUCUCUCUCUCUCUCUCUCUCUCUCUCUCUCUCUCUCUCUCACUCUCUCUCUCUCUCUCUCUCUUUGUUUAAUUCAGACAGUUUGUGUUUAACAGGUUUAUCUGCUUUUGUGUCACUUUAUGUAAGAUUUGCAGAGGGCUUCGUGGAGUUAUGUUUGUGUGGAGAUUGUUGUUGUGAGUUUGGUGUGUGGAUGCUCGCUGCUGAUGUUGACUUGAGUGUUUUGUCAUGUCGUGUCAGUCGGUGAAUGUUCUCUGAACACAGUUAAUUGCUUUGAUUGAGCAGAUUGAUUCUUCAUUCAUCAUCAUUUCUCUUUCUUUCAUCACGUCCAGUCCGGUAUCAGGUGCGUCGUGAUGUGACUCUGGUUCAAAUGUGUCACCUCUCGUGUGGAGGAGGAGCGAUUCACAGCUAAAUAAACCUGCUGUCACAAACUCCUUCACACUGACCCACAAACAACUUCACUGAGAUCUCACAUCUUUCCUCACGGCCGACAAAACAAAGAACUCAAAGACCCUAAAACAUCAAAGAGAUGUCAAACUCUACUAGAGGACCAGCGGUCAGAGCGUCUGCGUCUCGAGCAGCCGGCUCAUCAGCAGAUUCUUCAGACAGACUCUCUGGAUCUCCAGACUCUCUCUUGACGGUCCAUUCCAUCGAUCUUCUGAAGUCCAGAGACGAGCCGAACCGCCGAGAGCACCGCACGGACGGUUUCAUUCAUGACAAACUGAUCGUCCGCAGAGGUCAAACCUUUCAGAUGUGGAUCGACCUCUCGCGACCUUUCAACCCUAAAACUGACCAUCUGCACCUGGAGCUCAGGUUAGAUUACAUGUUCACGAGUGUUCGAGGGAUUCGCAUCUUGGUUUGGUUAGUGGAUGAACUGGAAGACGGCCGAUGGGAGAUGAAGAUCGUGGAGCAGAAAGACACAAAGAUCAGACUGUCAGUCAACACUCCAGCCAGCGCUUCUAUUGGCCAGUAUAAAGUCUCUGUGGUGACGUAUUCACGGAAGGGCAGGAUGAUAUUUCCAUACGCUCAGAAUAAUGAACUCUACGUGCUGUUUAACCCCUGGUGUGAAGAUGAUCCGGUGUAUUUAGAUAAUGAAGCUGAGCGGAGAGAAUGUGUUCUGAACAACAUGGGAAGAAUUUACUACGGUACUGAGCUGCAAAUCGGAACCAGAACCUGGAACUUUGCUCAGUUUGAAGAGGAUGUUCUUGAAGCUUCUCUGUUUGUGUUGGAGAGAGCGCGAGUCUCCGUGACGGCGUGGGGUGAUCCGGUGACCGUGUGCAGAGUUAUAUCAGCUCACGUUAACUCUAAUGAUGACCGGGGUAUACUGGAAGGUAAUUGGUCAGAGAGUUUUGAGGGCGGGACCGCGCCGACAGCCUGGAGCGGCAGUGGAGACAUUCUGAGACAAUACUACAAGAGUUCAGGAACACCCGUGAAAUUCGCUCAAUGUUGGGUCUACGCUGGAGUCACAAACUCAGUGUUGAGAUGUUUGGGAAUUCCUACCCGCUGUGUGACAAACUUUAGCUCCGCCCACGACACAGACCUCUCCAUGACAACAGACAUUUACAUCGAUGACAAACUGGAGGUCAUUAAAGAACGUACGAAUGAUUCUGUCUGGAACUUUCAUGUAUGGAAUGAGUCCUGGAUGGCUCGGCCGGAUCUCCCGGUGGGUCAUGGGGGGUGGCAGGUGGUCGACUCCACCCCUCAAGAGCCCAGUCAGGGUUCCUACCGCUGCGGUCCGACCUCUGUCACCGCCGUCCGUAACGGACAGGUCAACCUGAAGUAUGACACACCGUUUGUGUUUGCUGAAGUGAACAGUGAUAAAAUCUUCUGGAAGAGGAAAGCUGAUGGGAGUUUCUCUCAAGUCCAUGUGGAGAAGAAUUCCAUCGGUCAGCACAUCAGCACUAAAGCCGUGGGCUCAGACAUGCGUGUCGAGAUCACACACCUCUACAAACACCCAGAGGGUUCAGUGGAGGAGCGUAUGGCUGUAGAGACGGCCAGUCGUUACGGCUCUAAACCGAUGAUGUAUCCCUUCCCCUCGGCCAAAGACGUGACGGUUGAAAUCAUUAUGGAGGGGGCGGGGCCUCGUAUGGGCGGUGAUGCCAAACUGAGUCUGGUCCUGAAGAACAGAAGUUCAGUUCAGCGCAACACAACCCUUCUGUGUGAGGUGCUGGUCAUGUAUUACACUGGAGUUCUGAAAGCAUCGCUGAAGAAAGAACGUGUUCCUGUCAUCCUCAAACCUCAAGAGAUCAAAUCUAUUCCCUGGAUCCUGCAGUAUGGAGAGUAUAUGAAUCAUCUGGUGGAUCAGGGAGCUCUGAUGCUCACCGUCACCGGACGAGUCAAUCAAACCAAACAGAUUCUGGCCACUCAGUUCAACUUCAGACUGCGAACACCAGAUCUCACCAUCACCCCUGUAGGAGAAGCUGUGAUGGGUAAAGAGCUGACGGUCAAGAUCUCGUUUCAGAAUCCACUGCAGCAGGUGUUGAAGAACGUUCUGUUCCGGAUCGAGGGAUUGGGAAUGCAGAGCGUCAGAAAGAUCCUCUAUGGCGAUGUGGAGAAGCUGGCGACAGUGACACUGAUGGAGAAGUUUGUCCUCGUGUUCUCCGGCCCUCAGAAGCUUCUGGCAUCGAUGGACUGCCGUCAGCUCACUCAGGUGCACGGAGUCGCUGAUAUUGUGGUGAAACGACAGUAAAAAA